UUUUUUCUCUGUGCCGUUUCCCAGUUGGGCUUGCUGAUCUGAGUUCAGUUCUGUAGUGUUACCCUACCCUCUGCAGUAUACUGAUGCCUGUAUAAGAGGCAAGGGGACAAAGGGGCUGACUGAAUCGAUAGCCGGGUUGCUGAUGGCUGGAGGGAGGCAUAUGGAGCAGUCACGGCCUUGGUUUUGAUUGUGCAGUGGAAAGGCAUUGAUGAUAAGAUCCAGACUGGGGGAAUGUGGAUGCUGAAGGUAGGUGGGUCAAAGGAUAGGCUAGCUAUGAGUGGUAUAAUAAGGAAAAGAGAGAAGCUCCUAGGUCCAGGGAGGAUGUAUGAUCAUGGGCCCUGGGCCACCCCAGCUCAGCUUGAGCCAUUUGGUCACCAAGGAGGGGAGGGGCUUUGACUGCACUAUAAAUAGUGCUGGGAGCUAGAGUUGCUAUGGAGACAGAACUGAAUCCUAUUACCUGUAGGUCCUACUAUCCUGUGUUUGUUGAGGGAUAAGAGGAAUGCCAGAAGAAGCCUGUGGGUUGGGUGCAUGAGGAGAUAGGCUAAAUCAUGUAUGUUGUUUUGUAGGGGAGAACUGGUUGUUGACUGUACCAACAAGGCCCUAAGCGUAUAAUUGCCAUCAUCAGCUAUUUCCAGAAUUCUCUCUGAUUCCCAGUCAGAUGCUCUGAAGUUUCUCUGAGAUGAGCAGGUGAUUUGGAAUCAUGGUGCAGAAGAAGAAGAUUUGCCCUCGGUUACUCGACUACCUAGUGAUCAUUGGGGCCAGGCAACCAAGCAGUGACAGUGUGGCCCAGACCCCGGAGCUGCUUCGGCGCUACCCCUUGGAGGACUACCCUGAAUUCCCCCUCCCUCCAGAUGUGGUGUUCUUCUGUCAGCCUGAGGGAUGUCUGAGUGUGCGGCAGCGGCGCAUGAGCCUGCGGGAUGACACCUCCUUUGUCUUCACCCUCACUGACAAGGACACUGGAGUUACUCGCUAUGGCAUCUGUGUCAACUUCUACCGCUCCUUCCAGAAGCGGAUGCCCAAGGAAAAGGUGGAUGGUGGUGCAGGGCACCGAGCAAAGGAAGCUGCCAAGGCCACUCCCACUCCAGAGGAGGCAAAUGCAGAGAAGUCAGAGAGUGGUCCUUCCUUGCAGCCCCCCAGUGCUGACUCAACCCCUGACGGGAGCCAGUCUCCCCGGGGCAAGCGCCGGCCUAAGGGGGGGAGCCGCUCCCGCAACAGCACCCUGACAUCCCUGUGUGUGCUCAGCCAUUACCCUUUCUUCACGACUUUCCGAGAGUGUCUAUAUACCCUCAAGCGUUUGGUGGACUGCUGCAGCGAGCGACUACUUGGCAAGAAACUGGCCAUCCCCCGAGGGGUACAGAGGGACACCAUGUGGCGUAUUUUCACGGGUUCACUCCUGGUAGAAGAGAAAUCCAGUGCCCUUCUGCAUGACCUUCGUGAGAUUGAAGCCUGGAUCUAUCGAUUGUUGCGCUCUCCAGUGCCCAUAUCUGGCCAGAAGAGAGUGGACAUCGAAGUUCUACCCCAGGAGCUACAGCCUGCUCUGACUUUUGCCCUCCCUGACCCAUCUCGAUUCUCUCUGGUGGAUUUCCCUUUGCAUCUGCCCUUGGAACUUCUGGGUGUAGAUGCCUGUCUGCAGGUGUUGUCUUGCAUCUUGCUGGAGCACAAGGUGGUGUUACAGUCCCGGGACUACAAUGCACUCUCCAUGUCAGUGAUGGCAUUUGUGGCAAUGAUCUACCCCCUAGAGUACAUGUUUCCUGUUAUCCCAUUGCUCCCUACCUGCAUGGCGUCUGCAGAGCAGCUGCUUUUGGCUCCUACCCCUUACAUCAUUGGGGUCCCUGCCAGCUUCUUCCUCUACAAACUGGACUUCAAGAUGCCAGAUGAUGUAUGGCUGGUGGAUCUGGACAGCAAUCGGGUGAUUGCACCAACCAAUGCAGAGGUGUUGCCUGUCCUGCCAGAGCCCGAAUCCUUAGAACUGAAAAAGCACUUGAAACAGGCGCUGGCCAGUAUGAGUCUGAACACCCAGCCUAUCCUCAACCUGGAGAAGUUCCAUGAGGGCCAGGAGAUCCCACUACUCUUGGGAAGGCCAUCCAGUGAUUUGCAGUCCACACCUUCCACUGAAUUCAAUCCCCUCAUCUAUGGCAAUGAUGUGGAUUCAGUGGACGUGGCUACCAGGGUGGCCAUGGUGAGAUUCUUCAACUCCCCCAAUGUGCUUCAGGGUUUCCAGAUGCACACACGCACUCUGCGUCUCUUCCCUCGACCUGUGGUAGCUUUCCAGGCUGGCUCUUUUCUGGCCUCCCGUCCCCGACAGACCCCCUUUGCUGAGAAAUUGGCCAGGACCCAAGCCGUGGAGUACUUCGGCGAAUGGAUCCUCAACCCCACCAACUAUGCUUUCCAGCGAAUCCACAACAACAUGUUUGAUCCAGCCUUGAUUGGCGACAAGCCAAAGUGGUAUGCACACCAACUGCAGCCGAUCUAUUACCGCGUCUAUGACACUAACUCCCAGCUGGCUGAGGCACUGAGUGUGCCGCCGGAGCAUGACUCUGACUCUGACCCGACUGAUGACAGUGGCAGUGAUAGUGUGGAUUAUGAUGACUCAAGUUCUUCCUAUUCAUCCCUUGGUGAUUUUGUUAGUGAAAUGAUGAAAUGCGAUAUCAACGGUGACACACCCAAUGUGGAUCUGCUAACCCACGCAGCCCUGGGGGAUGCCAGUGAGGUGGCAUUUGAUGAGCUGCAGGGAAACCAAGGCGAUUUGGAUGAGCCUGGCCCAGACAGUGAGAAUUCCCAGGACAACCCCCAGCCUCGUUCCAGCUCCAGCACCACUGCUAGCAGCAGCCCCAGCACCAUCAUUCAUGGAGCCAACCCUGAGUCUGCUGAUUUUGCAGAGGUGGAUGAUAAGGCAGCAACGGGAUUCUCCAACCCCCUCCGUGCUUUGCCCCCCAGUUUUGGCAAAUUAAGCCUGGCUAAGCGUGAGACAGAGAGUGGGGCCCCCCCAGAGGGAUUGGGGCGCAGGCGCGACUAUGACAAUCCGUACUUCGAACCUCAGUAUGGGUUUCCCACUGAGGAAGAUGAAGAUGAAGAUGAGCAGGAGGAGAGUUAUACCCCACGAUUUAACCAAAACCUCAAUGGCAGUAGGGCUCAAAAACUGCUGCGGCCCAGUAGCCUAAAGCUGGCAAGUGAUUCCGAUGCAGAGUCAGACUCUCGGGCAAGUUCUCCCAACUCCACUGUCUCCAACAACAGCAGCGAGGGCUUCGGGGGCAUCAUGUCUUUUGCCAGUAGCCUGUACCGGAACCAUAGCACCAGCUUCAGCCUCUCAAACCUUACACUGCCCACCAAAGGGGCCAGAGAUAAGACAACACCCUUCCCUAGUCUCAAAGUAUUUGGGCUAAAUACUCUAAUGGAGAUUGUUACUGAAGCCGGCCCCGGGAGCGGUGAAGGAAGCCGGCGAGCCUUGGUGGAUCAGAAGUCAUCAGUCAUCAAGCAUAGCCCCACGGUGAAAAGAGAGUCUCCAUCACCUCAGGGACGAGCCAGCAAUUCCAGUGAGAACCAGCAGUUCCUGAAGGAGGUUGUGCACGGUGUGUUGGACGGCCAAGGAGUGGGCUGGCUCAGCAUGAAGAAGGUGAGGCGGCUGCUGGAGAGCGAGCAGCUCCGAGGCUUUGUCCUGAGCAAGCUGAACCGCCUGGCGCCUCCCGAGGACGGCGCUCCCCAGGAGACAAUUCCUGAUGUGGAGAUAAGCCGCAAGGUCUACAAGGGGAUGCUAGACCUCCUCAAGUGCAUGGUGCUGAGUCUAGAGCAGUCUUAUGCUAAUGCUGGCCUCGGUGGCAUGGCCAGCACCUUUGGGCUUCUGGAGAUUGCCCAGACCCACUACUACAGCAAAGAGCCAGAUAAACGGAAGAGAAGUCCCACAGAUAGUGUGAACACCCCAGUUGUCAAGGAUCCAGUCAUGACUGGGCGGGGAGACCCAAAGGCCAUGGCACAGCUGAGGGUUCCCCAGUUGGGACCACGGGCACCAAGUGCUACAGGAAGGGGCCCCAAGGAGCUGGACACCAGAAGCCUAAAGGAAGAGAAUUUUGUAGCUUCUAUUGGGCCUGAAGGAGUUAAACCUGUCUUUGACCUUGGUGAAGCAGAUGAGAAAAAGUCCCAGAUCAGCGCAGACAGUGGAGUGAGCCUGAUGUCUGGUUCUCAGAAAAGUGACCUGGAAUCUACCAUUAAUGUAGGCCCAGCAGUUAUGAUCCGAAGCACAAGCCAGGAUUCUGAAGUUAGCACUGUGGUGAGUAACAGCUCUGGAGAGACAUUGGGAGCAGACAGUGACCUGAGCAGCAAUGCAGGUGAUGGACCAGGUGGUGAUGGCAGUGCUCAUUUGCCCGGACUUCGUGGCACUGUGUCUGACAGCGAAAUUGAGACCAAUUCUGCCUCAGGCGCCAUCUUUGGCAAAGCCCACAGUCUGAAGCCAAGUACGAAGGAGAAGGCAGCGGGCAGCCCCGUUCGUCCUUUUGAAGACGUGAGCCAGCGUGUCUACCUCUAUGAGGGACUCCUAGGAAGGGACAAAGGAUCCAUGUGGGACCAGUUAGAGGAUGCAGCUAUGGAGACCUUCUCUAUGAGUAAAGAACGUUCUACCCUGUGGGACCAGAUGCAGUUCUGGGAAGAUGCCUUCCUUGAUGCUGUGAUGUUGGAGAGAGAAGGAAUGGGCAUGGAUCAGGGACCCCAGGAAAUGAUUGACAGGUAUCUGUCCCUCGGAGAACAUGACCGGAAACGCCUGGAGGAUGAUGAAGAUCGAUUACUGGCCACACUCUUGAACAACCUCAUCUCCUAUAUGCUUCUGAUGAAGGUAAACAAGAAUGACAUCCGGAAGAAAGUUAGACGCCUCAUGGGAAAAUCUCACAUUGGGCUUGUGUACGGCCAACAGAUAAAUGAAGUGUUAGAUCAGUUGGCCAGCCUGAAUGGGCGGGACGUGUCUCUCCAGCCGAGUGGCAGCCGUCACAUCAAGAAACAGACAUUCGUGGUGCAUGCAGGGACAGACACCAGUGGGGAUAUCUUCUUCAUGGAGGUGUGUGAUGACUGUGUCGUCUUACGCAGCAGCAUUGGGACAGUGUCUGAGCGUUGGUGGUAUGAGAAGCUCAUCAACAUGACCUAUUGCCCCAAGACCAAGGUGCUCUGUCUGUGGAGAAGGAAUGGGCCUGAGACGCAGCUCAACAAGUUCUAUACCAAGAAGUGUCGGGAGCUGUACUACUGCGUGAAGGACAGCAUGGAGCGGGCUGCAGCUCGCCAGCACAGCGCCAAGCCAGGUCCAGAGCUGGGCGGUGAGUUCCCAGUGCAGGACAUGAGGACGGGCGAGGGUGGCUUGCUUCAGGUUACGCUGGAGGGGAUCAACCUUAAGUUCAUGCAUAGCCAGGUUUUCAUAGAGCUGAAUCACAUUAAAAAGUGCAAUACAGUUCGAGGCGUCUUUGUCCUGGAGGAAUUUGUUCCUGAAACUAAAGAAGUGGUGAGCCACAAGUACAAGACGCCGAUGGCCCACGAGAUCUGCUACUCCGUGUUGUGUCUCUUCUCUUAUGUGGCUGCUGCUCGGAGCAAGGAGGCCGAGAGCAGAAGCAAACCCCCCCGGCCAGUGUCUAGCUGAUGAAGGAGAAUUUGGCAGCUGCCCCUGCCUGGGGUCCUCUCCCUGGCGCUGGCUUCCUUUGGAGUGCACGUUGGUGUUGUCGCUGAGACUGGAGAUUUGUGUGUUCUCUACAAACUCCGUCCCUGGCUCAGCUCGGGCUCCAGCCUGCGUGUGUCCAAGUGUGUGUGUCUCUCUCUAGCAGGGCCAAGCUGACCUCUUCCUUCCCUGCUUUGACCCCCUCCAGGCCCAGUCUGCCUGCUUCCCAGGGCUACACCCUAUAGGUCUCUGCAGUCCAUUGGCUUCCAGAAACUAGGGAGUGGCCACGUGUGUGUACUGCUCUUGUGUCCUUGUGACCUGUGUGUUUUGUGUUUCCCUUUCCGUGUCCUUGGCACUUUAACCCUCCAGGGAAAAUUCCUGCCCCUGCCCAGCAGGGGUCUGCCCCCAGACCCUCUGAGUGUACAUCUGGUCUUCUGGAAUAGCUCCCUUCACUGGAGAAUGAGGACAGCCUGAAGCCCUCCCCUCCCUGGCAGGGGGUAGGUGAAGGUGGGGACCCAGGAGUGGGCUGGUGGCUGGAGGGGUAAUCAAUCAUGCCCCCUCCCCCCAUUGUCUUUCUCAAGCAGGUGGCCCCACCCCAGCGCCUGCUGCCCCCACCUCCAUUCAUUGGCAUGAAGGACUUGAGAUUGGUGGGGCCACCUUGGGCCCAGGUACCAGUGGCUGCUCCGCCUGGACCGUACCCGAGAGGGGCUGAGGAGGGCCAAGUUCAGUGUAAAUAUUUGUCUUCAGAUGCUGCCUACCUGGGCUGCUGGGGCGGGCAAGGGAUGGGUGUAAAUAUUUCUGCUCCACAUUAUUUAUAGACAAUGUACAGCCACGUCUGUGAAUGUGAAAUAAACGUCCUCUCCCCUUGA